UGUCGGUACUAAUCUCUCGUGGUCGAGUCACAGAUUGAGUACUCGCCACAUGCUGUUACUGACCUCAGAGCAGCAGACCUUCUCGUCUGUUUAUCUCCAGAAUAGCAAGCGCUUAAUCUUAAUAAUAUCAACCAAUAUGAAAACCAAGAAUCUUUUAUUCUGGAUUACAGUUACUUUGCCUAGUUUGGUUCUCAUUGGAGCUGGUGCUCAAAGAAGGCAAGAAUCCGUACAUCAUUUUCAGCGACGAGCUUUGCAGGAAAAGGCGUUGCCAAGAACUAACACCACCAAGCGUCUGGCUGACUUACGCGCUCUGAUGAAGGCUAAGAACAUAUCAGCGUAUAUUAUACCAUCUACUGAUGCUCACCAGAGUGAAUAUAUAUCUCUACAUGAUAAAAGAAGAGCAUUCAUCUCUGGAUUCACUGGCUCAUCAGGAGAUGCAGUGGUAACGAUGACCCAUGCCGCCUUGUGGACGGACGGACGGUAUUAUGUGCAGGCAAAGAUGGAGAUGGAUUCGAACUGGGUGUUGAUGAAAGCAGAUGACUUAAUUACCACUGAGUGGCUAACAAAGAUUUUAAAGAAAGGCGAAACUGUUGCUAUCGAUCCAUACCUAAUGAGCAUGGAUUCUUACAAAUCUUUGAAAACGGAACUUAACAAGAAAGGCUUACAGCUAAAAAGUCUGCUUCCUAACCUGGUGGAUGAAAUAUGGACCAAUCAGCCGCCGUUACCCAAUGGCACAUUGUUCCCACUGUCACUUAAAUACACAGGCAAAACAUGGCAGGAAAAAACGAGAGAGAUUCGAUUAGAAAUGAAGAAGAAGAAGUCAUUUGCUCUUGUUUUAUAUAAAAUGGAUGAAAUCGCAUGGUUGCUCAAUCUUCGUGGAUCAGAUGUACCAUACAAUCCUGUGUUUUACUCUUACAUAAUAGUCACACUCGACCAAGUCACGUUAUUUGUCGACAAAAACAAGAUUACAACUGAAGUACGACAACACUUGCAAAUGAGUAACUGUAGUUCACUGUGUGUUUUGGUGAAGAAUUAUUCACAGAUAUUGGAUGAUUUAAAAAAUUUGUCUUCUUCAAAUGACUGGAAAGUGUGGAUCAGUCCUCGUGGCAGUCAGGCACUGGCGAUGAAUGUUAACAAGACGUCAUUGUAUCUUGAAUAUUCACCGGUUGUUUUACCCAAGUCCAUCAAAAACGAUGUUGAGAUCAAAGGCAUGAAAAACGCUAAUCUGAAAGAUGCAGUGGCGAUGUGUGAGCUCGUAGAAUGGUUGGAAAAAGAGGUUCCAAAAGGUAGAAGAGAUUUAACAGAGCUGAUGGCAUCGGCAAAGCUGGAGGAAUUCAAAAGCAAGCAGGAAGAUUACGUUAGCCCUAGUUUCUGGAGUAUCUUUGGCUAUGGUCCCAAUGCAGCUAUCAUCCACUACUCGCCAAGUAAAUCUUCUGAUCGUCAAAUUACAACAGAUAGUACGUUACUUGUGGAUACUGGCUCACAGUAUAAGGAUGGAACAUGUGAUACAACUCGAACAUUUCACUUUGGAACUCCAUCUUUAGAGCAAAAGGAAGCCUAUACUCGUGUACUCAAAGGCCUGAUUCAACUCUCUCUCAUGACUUGGCCAAACAAAACACAAGGACGAUUUCUUGAUAUCUUAGCCCGCAAGGAACUAUGGGCUGGUGGGCUUGACUAUCGGCACGGCACUGGACACGGAGUGGGGAUGUUUCUUAACGUACAUGAAGGCCCACAAGCAAUAAGCAUGUCUUGUCCCCGUAGCGGAGAACACCCGAUAGUACCGGGGAUGUUUACAUCAGACGAACCAGGAUACUACAAAGAAGGGAGCUAUGGUAUCCGCUUAGAGACAGUUUUUCUUGCAGUCCCUGCUAAAGUCAAGAGCCACAUGCCAAAUAUGUACUUCGUCACCUUUGAGGCUGCUAACUUCAUGCCUUAUGAAAGAAAGAUGAUACUGUUAGACUUAUUGACCGACYGUGAGCUCGAGUACGUGAAUGCUUAUCAUCGAGAAUCUCGUGCCAAGGUAGGCGCUCUACUCAAGAAACAAAACAAGAUGGACACUUAUGAUUGGCUAGUCAAGAGAACUGAGCCGCUCAGUCGGAAUCCUGUAUCAGAUGGAUCACGUGAUCACAUGGCGACGGCGAUUCUUCUGAUCAGCGGUUUAGCGUAUUUAUUAUUUUAAUCCAAACCAAGACUUUAUGAUAAGGCCGCUGUUCGACGAAAUAGGUUAUGCUCAAUUUCACGCGCGUUCGAUCUCGUGAUUGUGUGUGAUCGUGAGUAUAUGUGAUUAUUGGCUACAGUUUUACGCGCGUUUGACCCGUGAUUGUGCUACAUCGUGAAAGUCAUUAUCUCGUUAAAGCAAGACUGUGUGCUUGAUGAAGUUGACAAAUCCUUUUUUGACUUUUAAGCAUUUAAAUGUGAAUGAGUAUGUAUAUACUGUCCCACUAUUUUCGCUAGUACUUCGCAUUCUCUAAUCACAUGAAGCUUAUUCACACACAAAAUUCAAUAGCUUGCAAUUUCACUAUUUGAUUCAGAACACUAGAGCCGAAUUGACUUUUUGACUAAUAGAGUGAUUUAAAGAGUAAAUGGUUUGAACCCAGGUGUUGAAGUUUGUCGUAAAAUGUGAUCGUCCGUGUGAGUGUAGUCUUGAGAAAGACUGUUGUUGGUGGUGGUGACGGACGUUUCGACAACCUGAGCGGAAGUCAUCUUCAGAGUCCAGUGAGAAAAGGAGACACGGUGGAAGGUAUUUAUACCUCUGGGGUUCGAUCGUAAUGCAAACGGUAAUUAGACUUAUUUUACUUGGCCCGUGGAACAAAGUCGUAUAAUUAGUGACAAAGUAAAAGAAAACGAUGGCAUUAGUGUGUACGUCUAUGUAUUAUACUUACUAUCUUAUCACAGGAAAGUAAAAUCACUAUAGUACAACUUUAACUUUGUCAUUAUGUUAUCGAUAUCGCCAAUGUCUUUGUUAGGUAUUAUUACAUAUUCACAGAUAUUUGACAUUUGUAAUUAUGAUAUUUUAGUGUACAUCAUGUACAUAAUGAUCAUAAAAUGGGAUAUUAAAAAAUAGCACAAUGAAA